CAUUUGCAAAGCUCAUUCAAAACAUUAAACUUUGAAAUCCUUUGAAAACAUGGCGUCGCAAUCGGUUCUACCCACUGGCAAGGUUACUGUCGUCUUGGGUGCUCAAUGGGGCGACGAGGGUAAAGGUAAAUUAGUCGAUAUUCUUGCACAAGAGAUUGAUGUGUGUUGUCGAUGCCAGGGUGGUAACAAUGCGGGGCAUACGAUUGUCGUCAAUGGGGUCAAGUACGACUUCCACUUGCUUCCAAGCGGUAUCAUUAAUGAGAAAUGCGUUGGGGUGAUUGGAAACGGCGUUGUUGUUCACUUGCCGUCUUUCUUUGCGGAGCUCGAAAAUCUGCACAAGAAAGGUCUGGACGCUACGGGCCGAUUGUUUCUCUCGGAACGCGCCCAUUUGGUCUUUGACUACCAUCAGAUUGUCGACGGUCUAAAAGAAGUGGAGCUCGGCCGCGGGUCAAUUGGUACAACGAAAAAGGGAAUCGGCCCAGCGUACAGCUCAAAGGCAUCCCGCAGUGGUCUCCGCGUGCACCACCUCUACCAUUUUGAAGAGUUUGAAGAAAAGUUUAGGAACCUUGUCACGAACCGGAAGAGGCGGUACGGUGACUUUGAAUACGAUGUGGAGGCUGAAUUGGCGCGGUAUAAGGAUUUGGCCGAGAAACUCCGCCCAUACGUUGUCGAUAACAUCAAGUAUGUCUAUGAUGCUAUUCAAGCUGAGAAGAAGGUGCUGGUGGAAGGCGCCAAUGCCUUGAUGUUGGAUCUGGACUUUGGAACGUACCCUUAUGUCACGUCAUCGAACACCACUGUCGGCGGAGUGUGUACGGGAUUGGGAAUUCCACCUAGCAAGAUUGGCAAGGUGUUGGGCGUUGUAAAGGCGUACACGACCCGUGUCGGAGCGGGACCGUUCCCCACGGAACAGUUGAAUGAUAUUGGGGAACACCUCCAGACUGUUGGAGCAGAGUUUGGUACAACGACCGGAAGGAAGAGGCGCUGUGGGUGGUUGGAUGUUGUGGUGCUGCGAUACUCUCAAAUGAUAAAUGAUUACACAAGUAUCAACCUCACAAAGUUGGAUGUUUUGGACCAAUUGCCUGAAGUGAAGAUUGGAGUUGCGUACAUAUAUGAGGGCAAAAGGCUCGACAGCUUCCCAGCCGAUCUCCGCGUCCUCGAAAAAUGCACAGUGGAAUACGAGACCCUUCCUGGCUGGCAACAGGACAUUAGUAAAUGCCGGACAUUUAAAGACCUCCCGCUCAAUGCUCAAAAAUACGUGGCAAGAGUAGAAGAGCUUUUGAGUGGGGUCAAGGUUGAGUGGAUAGGUGUGGGCGCAGCCCGAGAUGCCAUGAUUCACCGGAAAGUUUGAGGGUGAUUAGAUUAGAGACAGAUUUUUUAUUGUAUAGGUGCAAUGUAACGAUGGAGGUGCCAGUUAGAUUGGAUUGAAGUGUCGUCACUUUUACAACGACUGCCUAUUUGACAUAUAAUCCGCCAGUUUUGGGUUAUUGACCAC